AUGAAAUUAUCUUCAGCUUUUUUAAUCUCUUUUUACUAUACAGUGUCGGCUUUGCCGACGGAAACUUUUAUGGACAGAUACUUUGGUCCGCUGUUGAAUUCAAACAAUAACCAAGCACAAAUACAAGGUCACCUACAGCACCCUUUUGCUCGUUAUGACCCUGAUAAUGAUGGUGUACAAUUUCAUGAUGCCCAAGUUAAUAUCCCUUCUCCAGAUUAUGUUUCCGACUUGGGCCCAGACAAUAUGCCAGAAUUUGCUGGGGUUGACGGGUUUGCCCAUUUGCCGAUAUACCAGUGUUUUGGUCUAGAUCCUGAUGCCAUCAAACCAUCGUUUGACGUUGCAAUUGUAGGAGCGCCCUUUGACACUGGCGUUUCUUACAGAGGAGGUGCUCGAUUUGGUCCUAAAGGUAUUCGCUCAGGAUCAAGGCGUAUGGGGAAGUUUGGAUCUUAUAGUGCUUUUCAUAAUGGAUUUAACCCAUAUGAUGACUGGGCUAAAGUUGUUGAUUGUGGUGAUGCACCUAUGACACCGUUCGACAAUCGCAUUGCUCUUAAUCAACUUUAUCGUGCUCAUCGUGCGAUCCACAAUCUUACUGUUACUAAUACAAGCAAGGCUAAGGAACUUAAUACAACAACAGCCCCAAGAAUCAUUACUCUUGGUGGUGAUCACACCAUUACUUUUUCAGCUUUGCGUUCAGCAUACGAGAUUCAUGGCCCUUUAGCUGUGGUUCAUUUUGACUCUCAUAUUGAUACCUGGGAUCCUCAGGUUCUUGGUGGCAAUAUAUCUACUUAUGCGCAUCUCAACCAUGGCACCUUUCUACACUUUGCACAUGAAAAAGGAUACCUUUUAGAUGGUCAUAACAUACAUGUCGGAUUACGGGCACCAUAUAUUCGACGAAAGAAAGAUGUUGAGCAUGACAAAGAAUGUGGUUUUGCCAAAUUAUCGGCACGAGAUAUUGAUCGCAUUGGUGUUGCCGCAAUGGCACGUAAAAUAAAAGAGCAUGUCGGUGAUGCCAAAGUUUAUAUUACAUUUGACAUUGAUGUAAUUGAUCCUGCUUAUGCUCCUGGUACAGGUACAACAGAGCCUGGUGGAUUUUCUACAAGAGAAAUUCUUACGCUUCUGGACGAAUUGCAAGGUAUCAAUCUCAUUGGUGCUGAUGUGGUCGAAGUUGCACCAGCUUUUGAUACAAACGGUGACAUAACUGUUACUGCCGCUGCUCAAGUUAUUGAUAGUUUCUUGCAAUUGAUGAUUAUGAAUUAA